AUGUUGAGAUUUUUAUCACGAAGACGAGUCCGCGGUGUCAAUGGACAAACCGCAUCGCCGCAAAUUAAAAAUCAACGAUUACUUAGUAAUAAAAAUAUUAUACAAUGCCAGGUUAUUUUGCUUGAUGGUACUGACUUGCCUAUUGAAUUAUCUAAAAAAGCUUUGGCUAGUGACUUAUAUGAACAAGUAUUUUAUAGUUUAGAUUUGAUUGAAAAGGAUUACUUUGGAUUGCAGUAUACUGAUAGUAAUAAUGUGCAGCACUGGUUGGAUCCUACUAAACCAAUUAAGAAACAAAUUAAAAUUGGACCACCUUAUACACUGAGGCUUAAAGUUAAAUUCUAUUCAUCGGAGCCUAAUACACUUAGAGAAGAAUUAACUAGAUAUCAAUUUUUUUUACAAUUAAAACAAGAUAUUUUGGAGGGCAAACUUCACUGUCCACAUAAUGUUGCGAUACAAUUAUCGGCUCUCGCUCUUCAAUCUGAAUUAGGAGAUUAUGAUUCAUCAAUACAUACAGCAGCAACAGUAUCAGAAUUUCGGUUCGUUCCGGGUCAAACAGAAGAAAUGGAAUUAGAAAUUUUAGAUGAGUACAAAAACUGUUCGGGAUUAAGUCCAGCUCAGGCUGAGUCCUCGUAUUUGAGCAAAGCUAAAUGGCUUGACAUGUAUGGUGUAGAUAUGCAUACGGUGCUGGGUAAAGAUGCUUGUGAAUAUUCACUAGGUCUAACACCAACCGGAAUUUUAGUAUUCGAAGGAAAUCAAAAGAUCGGUCUAUUUUUCUGGCCUAAGAUCGGACGACUAGACUUCAAGAAAAAGAAACUGACGUUGGUGGUAGUCGAGGAAGAUGACGAAGGCCGAGGUGAGCAAGAGCAUACAUUUGUCUUUCGUCUGGUUAACGAAAAAGCCUGUAAACAUUUAUGGAAGUGUGCUGUUGAGCAUCACGCAUUUUUUCGCUUAAGAGCGCCGGUAAAAGGCGCAAGUAGCCGUCAGAAUUUCUUCCGCAUGGGUUCGCGUUUUCGCUACAGCGGAAAAACAGAGUUUCAGACAACUCAAUUGAACCGUGCUAGACGCACCGUUCAGUUUGAACGGCGACCUAGCCAGCGUUACGCGAGGCGACAGAGUCACGUUCUGCGUGAACGGCAGCGUCAUCAGCCAGAACCUCAAGUGCCACAGGCGUCUAGUGUCCAAUUAGAGCCGUCAUUACAGCGUCAGUCAAGCCAUUCUAGUUCAGAAUCAUCAGCCGUGAGUGUUAUUCAGCCAACAACAUCCACAACGUCAACGUCACCGCUUGUUGACUCAAUACUCAAGUCAUUAGCUAAAGAUGCUCAGCCCCUGGAGCUUAAAAACCAGACGGCGAGUGUUCCAACUCCAGAAAAAGAAACAGAACCGAUGAAAACAAAUCUUAUUGUCGAAAGUAUUAAUUCUUCACUACAAUCACUGCCCAAUAAUCAAAUCGGUGGUACUCUUUUGCUAUCAGCUCGAUCGCCAAUACCACCUGAAUCAUUAAAGUGCAAUAUAUUAAAAGCCAAGUCACUGGAGACUGAAAAAAAUUCUAAUCUUGUAUCUAUUACAUCAACAGACAGCGGUAGUUUAUGUUCUAUUAAAAAUCAACAUUCCGAUGCAGCAACUAUCGUAUCCGUGGGAGGCGAUAAAUUAACUCUCAAUGUCAGCGGAGUUGCGCCGUUAACUCCAAGUCCACCACCAGCUGAUGAUACCGUCACGGUAACACAUUUCUCGCUAGACAGCUGGGGACAGAUUGCUCAGAAAACAACACCAUUCAGUAAUAAAUUAGCUAAUUCAUCACAAAAUCCGUUUAAUCCAUUUACCAGUGAUACUUGUACCACUGACAGUAUUACUACUAGCAUCGAAGAAAUAACAGAGACUAAGUGCGAAGAGAGCAAUGAAAAUAAAAACACCAAUCCAUUUAUCGAUUCAAAUCCAUUUUUGGGAUUCCUGUACCACGGUAUCAGAUAUCAGUCCCUGGUUGGUAGCGGAUCCAGCGCAAAGUAACAGUCAAACUCACAAACAAAGUCUUAAUAUGAAAACUGUUAUCACAACGCAGCUAUAA